UCAUGCAAAAGAAUACUGUGGCAGGUUAUAAGACUAUUCUGCUCAUUCUGCAUUAUUGAUGUUAGAAGAAAUACUUGAUUUACUGUGGUUUAAGGUUAAUUAACCAAGGCUUUUGUAGCCUGGUACUGGGAGACCAAAAAUUACUUUGAACUUCUUCGGCUAUGAUAGUGGGAAAGAUUAAGAAUUGCCCCCCCAAAAAAAUGAUAAGAAAGAAAGAACUAACCACUGAUUGCACCACCUGUAGACCAUUUUUUAUGGCAGUAACUGUGGGAUAGCUUUAAGGGCACAUAAAAAUCAUGCAACCUUGUGCAUAUCUCUGUUAAAUAAACUUAGUGAGGUUUACAGGUAUCUUCUUCAAAUGACUUAGGUUACAACUGGAUGUUGAUCAUAUAAACAAGCUUUGACUUGUUAUAGAUGAAGAUAUUGUAUUAUAUUGGCAAGAUCAUCAGGUAUAGGUGGUGUCUGUUUUCUGACAAUGCUUAGUUAUUCUUGUGCUUCUAGUUGAUGGAUGAUUUAUGGUAUAAAAAAGGUUGGAGAUGCAACUUCGUUGGACUAUUGUAUUCUGCAAAAGAAGACCUUCAAAUAUAUUUGGGUCACAGACUAUGUAUUUAGGGUGAUGAGAAGUACGUUAUCCUUUCUGGCCUUACUUAAACUAUCGAAGUGUAAAGAUCAAUUUCCUUCUGAAAGAGAUUUUAUAUUUGGAUGGGAAUGAUCUCUAUUAUGACUGUCUUAGAUCUGAUUAACAUGGCAGAGAACUGUGGACUGGGAACAUUUUUUUGUUUGCCAAUAUAUUGCUCGAAAUAUUGGAAUUUGUACAAGUGUAUAAUCAUACCUAAUGCUCACAAUUGACAACAAAAGUUGGGGAAGAGAGGAGACAGUAUUGGUAAUUGUUGUGUAUAAAAGAUUCGGCAAUUAUUAUCCUUUUCUUAUAUUGUGGUACUCCCUAUUGCAAUAUUUUGUCUAAUUCUUGAUAUGACAUUUUGGUUUUCUUUGCAAUCAUGAAUGGGUAUAUUGUGGAUAGUGGCACUGCAGUGAGUAAUUAAGCAAUGUUACAUAUCCAAGUACAUUAUUAUUAUUAUUAUUAUUUUUGUUUAAUAGCUAUCUAGUUUUUGCUUUCAUUAGUAUAUUGAUUUGAUCAAAUAAGUCAUUUUAUGUUGGAGGUGUUUGGUUGGUGCUGAUCAUUCCAAUUCUUAUUUGUUUUCAUGGGCCGAACUCUUUUCUCAUCAAGUUCAUUUUUCAUAGAUCAUAUCGAGGUUUAUGUUCAUAUACAAUUUCUGAAGAAACAGUGAAGCUUAAAUGAGAAUCGGGUUCACGAGCAGUGAACAAGGAAUGAGAGUGCAUGCCUAGUGCUAUAGGCAUACUUUGGGAAGUUGAAGUGCCUGAAGUGAUCAAAUUUAAGAAAUAUAAAUGUUUGAAUGUAAGCUAUUAAUCACAAAUCAUUAGUUGAGGGAAAGUAAUGUUAUCAAACUGCUAGUAGGUUGAGCUCAAUUGCCAUAAUGGUAGCAAAUUUUAAUCCAGAAGAUUGUUCAUAGUAUAAGUUGUAUGUAAAGGAAUCUCUGGGAAGUACCUGAGAUACGAACGAGGGUGAGCCUGAUGUAGAUGUUUAGAAAUUGAGAAGAGCAAGUCGGCAUAAAUGCUUUAGGAUAUUCAUAGUUAAUUGUUCACUGAUUCUACAGUCAGCUGGUGCCCCUUAGACCUCAACGUUCCUUAUUAUUCCUGUUUGUCCUGUAUGGAACUUUUCACGAUAACACCUAAGCAUCUCUAUAUCCUAAGAUCCCCAAUUCGUUUGGAUUGAAUGGAAUAGAGGGUCUCAGGGUCACUUUCACCCCCUUACACACAUUUUUAUAUAUACAUCACCACGUGCCAUGAGUGUGUCUCGACAUCAGAAGCCACACUCCAAUCAACCUUUUUUUCCAUGGAUUUCCCACAAACACUUCAAUCUCAGAUAGUUGAUCAUGAAAACUAUCAAAGAAAGGAACGAGUGCGACUAGGUCAGUGGAUACGAGCAGCUAUUUUAGGAGCUAAUGAUGGGUUACUUUCCACAACAGCACUAAUGCUUGGUGUAGGUGCAGCAAAGGAGGACCGGCGCUCCAUGGUCGUCUCUGGACUGGCUGGAGCUGUUGCAGGAGCCUGCAGUAUGGCUGUUGGGGAGUUUGUUUCCGUUUCAACCCAAAGAGAUAUUGAGAAGGCAUCUGCUGCUCACUGCAGUUCAAAAACCAAUACUGGCGGACAAGAUGACCAUGUAAUCAAGCUGGAAAUCACUGCCACUCCAACCACCAUUAAGGAAACUAAAAUAAGUGAGACAGAUUUGGGCAUCUCAAAUGUGCUGACAUCCACCAGACAUAUUUGUUGUCGAAAAAUGUCACCAGAUAUUAUUACUGAGUCCAGGUUGCCCCAGAUUUUCUCUCCUGGACGAUCUCCUAUUGUGGAAGUGAUCAUAGAAGACUCUACUAAGACAAAUAUAACAAAAGUAACUUCUCCAGCAGUCAAAUUGAUUUCAAAAGAUGCUGCAACAAAUACUGUGCAAGUGUGCGAGGUAAAUGGAGAGAAAGUGCUGCCUAACCCGUUCAAAGCGGCCAUUGCAUCAGCUCUAGCAUUUUUGUGCGGUUCAUUUGUGCCUUUGCUGCCGGCAAUACUUUUUGCUCAUUAUCUCAUCCGGUUUGUGGCGAUUGCACUACUUAGCUCGAUAGCAUUGGUUCUUUUUGGGGGUUUUGGAGCUCACCUUGGUGGCUCAUCCAUCAGAAUAUCUGCCAUGAGAGUUCUGUUUGGAGGAUGGAUUGCCAUGGGAAUCACUUACGGUUUGCUUAAGCCUUUUGAUGGUGAUGACGGCAGUCAUGACAAGAAUUAACAUUAUAAGUUGUUGUAUUACAUGCAUUAAAGCGAAGAAGGUUGUCUUAUAUGGGUAUUAUAUAAU